GGGCGGUGUGCGCUUUGGGUUUGGGAUAGUAUUGACAGUCAACUUGGGGAAGACAGCACGCUGAUUUUCUGAUUUUUUUCGAUUUGAAGUGGUCUGACAGCCCCGAGAUGUUCAGAAGGUUUUUGGUCUGCGCGUGUCUGAUCCAUGCAGCCGCUGUGCAUUCACUGUUCGACAUCAAGGAUCCAGAGAAGCGAAAUAUUUCCGACAGGGCUGAAAUGAACUUGAUGAGCGAAGACCAAUACUCCGUCGAAACAGGAGUUUGGAACCAGGGAAAACCUAAGACUGUAUUUGCCAGAAGAGCAGUUAAGGAACAGCAGAUACUCCGUGCACUGAAACAAAAGCAGGCUCCGGAGCCCCAGAGUCGAAGAUGCUCCCGUGUCAUGGAGAGCUGCAUCUUUCACUCCCUGUGCUGUGAUCCGUGUGCGUCCUGCCACUGCCGAUUCUUCAACGCUAUCUGCUACUGCAGACGGCUGAACCGCCACUGCCAGAAGAAGACCUAGUGACCAGAUGCCAGAGCAAACUGGAACAUCUCUGUUAAUCGCCAUAAGUGGUCAUAAGUUCUAUGUUCUGUUUGUUCUGAACUGCAGCUUUGUUCCCAGAGAGAGGACAGUGAUGUAAUUGAAUUUCACAACCAUCUGUGUAUUGCAGGGUGUGUGGUAAAACAGCUGCGUUUUUGUAUCAUUUCAGUGGCAUUCUGCUAGAUCAGGGGGCCUGAUGCCUGACAGCUGCAGUAGUUCUGUAUUCUCUGGAUGCUGGAGGCUGAUAGGUUAAGUGUAAGACAAUAGCUCUUCAGAAGAGUUCUCCAGAGCAGUCUCUUGACCUGUGGAGAGGUUUGUAUAUUUCAUUAUUGUCAUGGUUACUCUGGUCAGCCUAUUUAACACAACUAAACAAACAUCAAUUAAAGUGUCAUAACAGGGCUCAUGUACUGUAAUAACGUGCUGAAAAUGUGCAGCUGUGUCCUUGUAUAUUACGUAUGUGGUUAUUGCUGAUUUCACAUGAUCUUUAAUAACAGAAUAAACUUUUCAAACAUGAAAAUUGUUUGAAUCUCUAACCACUGAACACAUCUCCCAGUGACACUACUCACACUGAACACAUCGCUCACUGCUUACACUGAAUACAUCCCUCAGUGACACUGCUUACCUCGAACACAUCCCUCAAUGACUCUUCUUGUAAUGGAUCUUAUUGCACACAUAUUUCUGUGAUCAAAUGAACGUUCCCACUCCACGGUGGGGAAUAAGAAGGGGUGUUUCAAGCAGCUAUUCCCGGUCAAAGAGCCAGUUUCCUCAGUUUAGCCCCAAGUCAAGUGGUUUAUGACCUCAUUGACGUCACAGAGAUGCCAUUUUACCAAAGUCCAAAAGCUGACCCAA